UAAAAAAAGUAGAAUAUACGACUAAAAAGUAUGCAUAUGAUACGGAAAUUGGCAUCCAUGUAAUUAAAUAAUGUCAAAGUAAAUCGACGAAGUGUUUGAUCGCAUUUAAUGGGUUAGCAAUGUCAUUUAAGCCUGCGGUAAUCAGCUGUUUACAUUACUAUUUCAAGAAUAGCGGUAAAAUGUUUUCCUUGCAAAAAUUCACAAAUUUGGGAAUCAAUAUCGCAUUGCAGAAUAUAAAAUGCACUGCAUCUAUUCAUACAACUGCGGUGUGUUCCAAAGUGCAAGCUGGGCGUUAUCGUAUAACUCCAAAACGUGACCGGCCGCUCACUUAUGAAAUGGCUUAUCCGCCUCAUUCAAUAGCUCACCACAAAAGCUGGAAUUCGUGGAACACUUCUACAAUGUUGGAUGGUCUACGCCCUUCUCAGACGGCCAUUGAAGAUAUAUUUAUACGUAAAUUCAUGACAGGCACUUGGCAUUCUUUGGUAGUUUCUGAAGUGAUUAUAAAGCGCCAACAUAAUAUGAUUCGAAUCGCAGCUAUUGUACGUCAAGCAAUUUCCGCUCGUAAAAUGUAUUUUCUUAUCGGCUACACCGAAGAAUUACUUUCCUAUUGGAUACAAUGUCCCGUCACAUUAGAAUUGCAAACAGUCGCUGAUAAAAAAGAUGUUGUUUUUAAAUAUAUUUAAAAAAAGGAAACGGAUUAAAAUGAACUGAGCUUGAAAUCUUUUAAUUUAAAAAAAAUUCGCCGACUGCAGUUGCAAUCGUUCGCUUGACUGAUUUACCGGAUUUUUAUUGGCGAUGUUUAUCUUAAUCAAAAUGCUUAUCGGCUGACGAUGUCUGGUGAGUCUUUCCAAAUUGUUUUGCAUUCUUUCAUAAUUCUGUGAAUAUCCGCAUAUGGAAAAUACAAAGACAAUUGCUUUGUUCCAUGUCACGUCCAUAGUUACAAACAUCGCUAUCUUGGAGUUGAAAUGUGCUUAAAAGUAAGCUAUUAUGAGUUCUAAGGUAUUUCCAUUCAACAGAGGGGUAUUUGUAUUGUUAAGUGGAAAUGUUGUUGAGGACAUUUAUUGAAAGCAACUCUCCAGUCUCAACAAAAGGGAAUAUUUUUUUAUAAACUAUGUAAAAGAACAAGCAUCUAACGGCUUUUAGCGAAAAAUUUACCAUACUGAAAUUUACAUAAAAAUCAAAGCCAUUUUAGAAGUGCACAAAGAAGUUGUAGGAAGUGAAUAAUUGCGAAAAAAAAAAAUUGUGUAUAUUAAAACACUUUAGAAAAAAAAAUUGUCCAUUAAAAUAUAUAGCAUUUAAUAAGUUAAAUAAGAUUUGAUAAUGAGAGUUUAAUAAGUUAAACAAGAAAAGUGUAACUUCAAGGAAAAUAAGAGCAUAGUGUAUUUAGUGUUUUAAAAUCUUCCUUAACUUUAACAAAGUUUAGUUUUAGUUUCAAUAGUUUAUUGACGGUAAGUACAUUUAUUUCGUUUAUUUAAAAUUUCAUAUAUUUCAUGUAUUUAACAAGGAAUCCCAUCUGAGAUUCACAUAGAUUCCCUGGAAAUCUCGUUGGUAUCUCUAGUUGCUAGCAAUUUCGAAUAAUUUCGUAGCCGUUAUAUUCAUAUUGGCGGCACUAAACACAUAUGUUUGAGACUAUAAAGAGAUAAGCAUUGAACCAGGUAGUAACCGUUGAGAUGGUGAGAUGGGAGCUACAAAGGGUUAGGCGCAAUUUGAAACGGCUAGAAAAAGAAAAUAUCAUCCGUCUCACUAUUUAUAGCGCCUAUCUAUGCGUAUAAACUGUGGUACAAGCAAGCCGCGGAGAUAACAAUGAAGCCGCGGACGAUGAAACAAAUCGUCCGUGACAAGAAUAUACUGAUAUAGAGAAAGGACUUCCCAGGAUUUGACGAGACGGACGUAAGUAGGGAUAUACCAGCAACAGACGAAUUGUUAGAAGGAAAAGUUAAAAUGAUAAAUGACGCUGACACUGACGGAGAGGUAUAGGGGGAAAUAGAAUUGACCGAUGGGACUGAUGGGACUGGCACGCCUAGUACACCUAGUAUGCCCAUAAUUGAUUAUGGUGGAUCAUUAACCAGCGCAGGCAGCGCUGAUGGAGGAGAAUCGACGAGUCGAAAGAAACGAUGCGCCACCGCCUCAUAAACAUGAAGAUUCGCUGUAUGCCAAAGGCAAAUUUGCAUUUAUCUUUACUUUUUAUUGUGUAUAUUUUAUUUAUUCCGUUUUACCUAAAAUUUUAGACCAAAAAACAAGCAAACGAUUCGACGGCCCCACUAUCGCUUCAGCUGAAUGCGAUACUUCCAUAGGCAAAGCUGUGUCGCUGCAGAGUAGUAGGGAUGUCGGAAAAAUGUACUUACUUGGCCCAUCACAAAAAAUGAAGUUUGUACAAUCACAGCUUAAUAAUAAAAGAUUACUUGCAUCAAUUGGGUAUUUAAAGAGAGUUUUAAUACCAUUCGUUUUA